UGUGUGUUUGCUAUCUGCGGUUAAAGAGUGAGUUGAACACCUGGUUUCACCUGACAGACAACUUCUCACUUCACCUGUGGGAAAAAGAAAAACAGUCCAGCAGCUGCUUUUACAGCGAGUUUCGGGUUGUUUCGAUGAUGUGACCGAAUUAAAAACAGGGAAAUGCAACCUAAAAUGACUUCUAACGUCUGCUAACAGUCACACCUUGGCAGUGCAACGAGUAUCAGCUGAAGCAAAAGAAGCAUUUAUUUUGAGCGCUCAAGAAUGUCCGGGCCGGGUGGUUUGAUUACAGAUAAAGUGGAGGAGGUGGCACCUCCUGGUCCCACUGCUGAGCCACAGGUCGGUAAGAGCGCAGAGGAAAGAAGCGAGGAGUUAAAGGAAGAAGAGGAGGAAAUGACCAGCUCUGCUCAUCUGGAGCCGAGCACUCUACCGUGGCCAGGAGACAAAAACAACACGCCUCUGCUGGACCAGGACGACGGAGUCUGGUCGGAUAAAGCAGCUUCAGAGCCCGAAGAGAGAGACACGGGGAUCAGCGGAGGCAGCCAGGAUCUGUCAGAGGAGCAGAGUCAGCCGGAGAGUGACAUAAAAAACAAAGCCAUAUGGAGGGAGAGCAUGCCUGAGGGCGAGAGGUGGAGGGACGACGAGAUCGAGGUGCAGCGGGACGAUAAAGGAGAUGGAUCGCUUGCAGAUGAUGAAGAGGAAGAGGAGGAAGAAGAUGAGUCGAAGUGGGUCUCAGAGAAAGCCUCUCUGGGCAUCACUCCACAUGUCACCAUUGUGUGUCCGUCCCGCAGCGAGGCUCCAGCGGAGAGCAGACACAUCAUAGAGAAGGAGGAGGAGAUGGAGCCUCAGAUGGAGCCUGAAUCAGCUGUGCAGUAUUACCCCCAGUGGACCGAGCAGGACGACAAGUUCUACCUGUGUGAACAUCUGUGCAGUGAGAAACUGAGGCUGGUUUUAGCGACGUUAGCUGCAGCGCUGCUCUUCCCUCUCCUGGUGUGGGGAGGUUACGCCCUCAUUCCCUUCGACUCACCGCUGCUGGAGAGCGCCCCCAUCAGGGUGGUGUACACGCUGCGCUGCUCGUUCUUCGCCAUCAUCCCCAUCCUGCUCGGUGUGGUGGUGCAGGGAAUCGCCCGGCUGCGUUUCAGCGUCCUGAAGCCCCUCUAUGACAACAAAGUGGUGAACAGAGACGUGGCGGUGCACUGGCACUAUGUCAACGAGUCGCUCACCCUCUUCCUCUUCUUCUUCCUGCAACUGGCUGUGAUGGCGACGUACAUCGACCAGGACCUCGUCAAACUGGUGCCGCUGCUCACCAUCGUGUUUGUGUUCGGCAGGCUGAUCUACUGGCUCUGCCUCACUCUGGACAGCAGCAUCCGGGGCCUCGGCUUCGGCUUCUCCUUCUUCCCCAUCCUGGUCAUGCUGGGCGUCAACCUCUACUACGUCUGCUCGUCGGUCGGACAGGGGUCGGUUUUCGACGUGGCGUCGCCAACGACGGCUCCUCCCCCUAAACAGCGCUGGUGGGGCUGAAAAACCACACCUGGAAGUCGGUGAGGAGCUGACAGACAAAACUACUGAAACACCUCUGAUAUCACAGCUCACACAGACACCUCAGUUUGUUCUUUAGAUGUCCUUUAAAGUUGUAAUCCUCAAGAGGUGAUUCAGCGACACCUGUGGUUACCAUGGUAAUAGCAAAUGUGGUUUCUUACUCCGGCUAACACUCCUUGACUUUGUGAGAGAUGCAGCAGGAAAGCAGCCAGUGUGUCUGUUUACAGAGCAGCCAAACUAGCUCAGGGUUUAAACUUUGAUCAAAAACACACAAUAAUCUGCGAAUUCUGAACAUUUUGUUUACACGUUUUUGCCGACCAAAGUGACAAAUAUGUUGCGUUUCGUGUGGCUGCAGCAGGAUGUAAGUUUUAUAUUUGGAAUAACUAAAUCCAGCUCUUGCAUAGAGAGCAACCGAAUGAAACACAAACAGUAGAAACUGCUGUAAAGUCAGCCUAAAUGCUUUUCUUGGAAUAUCAGAUUACUAAUAAAAAAAAAACAGGAAAAUUCAGAGUGUAAAUAUAUUUAAUGGUGACCAUCAAAAGUGAGGUCUGAUUUCAUUCGAAUCUUAAGAAUUACAACUUCUACUCUUCAUUCUGUUCUCCAUUCACAACUAAAUCAGCUCUAUAAACCAGUCUGUGGAUGAAUUUAAAGCUUCAAUCUAAAACUACGUAUAAAGAAAUGCAGAAGAAUUAUUCUCAUGCUAGUUUGAGAUCAAAAUGCCUAAAAGUUUACGUACUCUGCUUGUAAAGGAUGUAUACUGACGGUCGUCUCUUCUCGCAGCUUGUUUACUAAUUUUGUAUUCACAUUUAUCCUCCAUCAGACACUUUUUAACGGCCUUUAACUUGUUUCUAUUUUGAGCUGAUGACGUCUGUUGUAAGGCCAAAGAGAUUCAUGUGAGCUCAUCCAGAGUUUGGAUGUGAUGCAGCAGAUAAAGAGAAAUAUAAAACCUGAACACAGUCGGAUGUAAACACAGAUUUAGAAAAAAUAUACUAAUAUUUAAGAGUAAUAUUAGAUUUUUUUUUAUAUGAGGUUGAAUUAUGAGCAUCAAGUUGUUUUUAUGAAUUGUAUGAUUUUUUUACUUUAUUUUGUAGACACACUGUGUCUGUGGUAAUCUUUAAACUUUAUAUUUAUAACUGUUAAAUGCAUCUUUUGUUUUACUGAUCAAAGGCUUUUUCUUUGUUUAUAGCAGCAUCAACUGCUUUUCUAUUUUUGGAUAGUCUCUGCUUUCUGUUGAAGGAUUUUUUUUCAGUAUUGCUGAAAAGACAAAGUAAAUAUGAUUCAUAUUUGGGACCUUGAAUGAGCUCAAUAAAACUUCACUAUGAACUAUAACUGUGUACAGCUGCUGAUCAUAUAUUAAUUUCACUAAUUAUCUGUCCAGAAAAGAGCGAUUACACACACAAAAAAAAAUCAAAGUUUAACCCUCCUGUUGUCUUCAUUUACAGGCACCAAAAAGAACUGUUUCCUUGUCUGAAAAAAAUCCCCAAAAAUUCCCCAAAUUUCUGAAAAUUUGCAAAACCUUCAGGAAGAAAAUUCCAAUAAGUCCUUAAAUGUUUCCCUUAAAAGUAUUACUUUUUAAAAAAUUCUCCUAAUUUGACAAGAAAAUUCUUGUAAAUAUUUUCCAAAAAAAUUAGUAAAAAUUUUCCCAAAAAAAUCCUAAAAAUAUCUAAAGUGAUUACAUAUAUAUCAGUAAAACUUCUAUUUUCUUUAAGAACAUUCACCAAAAUAAAAUUUUUAGUGAAUGUUCUUAAGAAACAUUUUUAACAUUUCUUUUUUCCCACCAAAAAAUGUUCGAUUUCCCAAAAAUGUUGAAAAUGUGGACAUCAGAAGUUUCACUGUGAAAUUUUUUUUUUCUCCACAUUUUCAAACUUUAAAACGGGUCAAUUUUGACCCACAGGACGACACGAGGGUUAAGCCACAAAUUAUAAACAUGGGUCUUUCAUGAAUCAAUAACAAAUUCCUAGUCAUGUGCUGUUGUGUCCUUGGGCAAGACCCUUUACCCACCUGGCCUCCAGUGCUGCUACUCACACUGGGGUAUGAAUGCGUGUGAAUGCUGGUGGUGGUCGGAGGGGCCGUAGGCGCAGAUUGUCAGCCACGCUUCCGUCAGUCUGCCCCAGGGCAGCUGUGGCUACAAAUGUAGUUUAUCACCGCCGAGUGAGAAUGUGUGAGUGAAUGAAUAAUGGGUUCAUUGUGAAGCGCUUUGAGUGCCUUGAAAAGCGCUAUAUAAAUCUUAUCCAUGAUCAUUAUUAUUAUUGUACCACAGCUAUUGUAUACCAGCUAAUGUAUUAAAGUAACGUAUGAGAGCUAA